AUGAAACAACUAAAAGCUUUAGCAGUAAUCCUACAAAACACACAGAACAAUGAGCUUAUGAGGCUUGUUAUUGAUUCACUUCCAGAAUUCAAAAAUCUUCAAUUUCUCUCGCUUUCUGGUAUACCCAAAUCCUAUGUGACUCUAGUGUUACAAUCACCCAUAAUCAACAGAUUACUCUCUUUAGUUGUUGAAUCACACGUUUCAUCAGAAUAUUAUUUUGAUCAUAAUCAAACCCAAAGCUUGCACCCUUUGAACUCGGGUCACGUUAAAAACAACCUGAUGAAGCUUUUACAUUGUUUUGGAACACAAGAAACACCCAGAAAUCUUAUUCAACAGAUAAUUUUACAAAGCCCCAGACUUGAAGCUUUGAUUUUGCCAGGAGUUGAUGCUGAAUUUCUUUUGUUUAUAUUUGAGAAUCUUAAAGAGUCUCUUAAAUAUCUUGUCACUCACAAUAUGAGCGAAAACAAAGUCAAAAAUUUGGAAGUGCCUCAAAAUGUUUCUCUUUGGUUGAAUACUGUUUAUGAGCCUUUAAAGCCUGACUUUCUAAGCAAGAUCUCCAGCAAAAUAUUUUCCUGCGAUGAAUUGGGCUGCCAAUGCUGUCAUUAG